AUGGACCAGUUCCAGGAGCAAUUCCCGGAGAUUUCCGACACGGCGUCUGGAGCGGGCUUUAAGAAAGGCCUGCUGACAGCGAUGAUUGAGCUGGGGGCCUUCCUGGGUGCUCUUAACCAGGGCUGGCUUGCCGAUAAGAUAUCUCGCAAGUGGUCGAUCAUGGUGGCCGUUCUCAUCUUCAUCGUUGGCUCCGCGGUUCAGACAGGUUCCAUGGAUUAUAGCACUCUUGCAGGUGGGCGUUUUAUUGGCGGCGUUGGUAUUGGUAUGCUGGCCAUGGUGGCGCCCCUUUACAUCUCUGAGAUUGCACCCCCGGAAAUCAGAGGAACACUGCUUAUAUUGCAGGAGUUGUCUAUUGUGACUGCCAUUGUAGUCGCCUUUUAUACUACCUAUGGCACUCGCUUUAUCGAUGGCCCCUGGUCCUGGCGUCUCCCAUUCCUCAUCCAGAUGAUUCCCGCUGUUGUGCUUGCUGUCGGUGUUCCUUUUAUUCCCUACUCUCCUCGCUGGCUGGUGGGCCGAGGCCGCGAUGAAGAGGCAUUGGCUGUCCUGUGCACGCUACGCUCACUUUCAUCCACCGACGAACGUGUGUUGCGUGAAUGGUGUGAGAUUCGCUCCGAAGCUGCCUACCGCAAAGAGCUCAGCGCUGAACGACACCCAGGCUUGCAAGACUCCAGCUAUUAUAGUCGUGUCAUGAUUCAUGUACACAGCUAUCUGGAUUGCUUCCGCAAGGGUUGUUGGAAACGGACGCACGUUGGCAUUGGCUUGAUGUUCUUCCAGCAGUUCGCGGGCGUCAAUGCGCUUAUUUACUACUCUCCGUCCCUGUUCGCCGCCAUGGGCCUUGACUAUGAGAUGCAACUGGACAUGUCCGGUGUUCUCAACAUCCUCCAGAUGGCUGCCUGCUUCUGGUCCCUCUGGGGCAUGGACCGACUGGGACGCAGGCCCUUACUUCUUGGGGGAGCUACAUGCAUGGCAGCUGCUCACUUGAUCAUCGCUGCGCUGAUGGGCAAAUACCAGAACAGCUGGCCGACUCACCGCGCCGAAGCAUGGGGAUGCGUUGCCAUGCUCUUUUUCUUCAUGCUCACGUACGGUGCCAGCUGGGGCCCGAUCCCAUGGGCCAUGCCAGCUGAAGUUUUUCCGGCAUCUCUCCGAGCAAAAGGCGUUGCUUUCGGCACUAUGUCCAACUGGUUCAACAACUUCAUCAUCGGCCUCAUUACACCGCCUCUCAUCCAGAAUACCGGCUAUGGCGCGUAUGUCUUCUUCUGCGUUUUCUGCGUCCUGGCCAUCGUCUGGGUUUGGUUCGUCGUGCCAGAGACCAACGGACGCACUCUAGAGGAAAUGGACCAUGUGUUUCAAGACAAUCCGGGGGAGCUGGAGCAGAUACAUCCACGGCUGAGUCUACACCGUGAGUUUGCACAUUUCCCCGCACGCUCCGUUGCAAGCUGCAACGCCUUCACUAUGUCGUCGAAACAACGCAAACAUGUCACCACCGCCUGUAUCCCAUGCCGCGAGAGCAAGGUCAAGUGCAACGGAGCGACGCCGUCGUGUUCAUACUGUCUGAACAAAGGCAGAGCUUGCCAUUACCAGGUUGGCGGCGAUAAACGGAAACUCUCUCUCCGCUUCGCUAUUGAGCUUCUCACCGGCCGAGUCGAUCAGUUAUCACAGUAUAUUCUCGACAACGGUCUUCCAAUUCCCGCCGCGACGCAAGAGAACGAGCUGGCACUGAGGAAUACCCUGGAGUCCGUGGGCUUGGGCCAUCUGAAAUUGACGCCAGACAUACCCCUGUCUCAAAAUCUCAAUGCAGAAACGACCAGCGACUACGCGGACCUGCAGUCGUUCCAUCUCCCCGAGCUAGAUACGGUCAGUCCAUCGCUUCCUGGAGGCUCCGAAUUCUACUUGCCAAUCUUUAGCGACGAUUCGGCCGGAGUCGCAAAUGGUCAGUUUCCCGAGGGCCUCCAAAACGACCUCUUUCUCGAUCAACUAUGGAACUUCGUGAGUGACGAUAUGAUCCAGCCGACGUCUUCUAACCCGACCAUUCCACCAACGUCAUGCCCCGAGCCGCAACAAGAACAGGGCGGAACAAUGAACGGCGAAGUUGAAGAGAUCGAAGAGCUUGUCAACCAGCUAUCAGAGAGGAUGGGCAGUUUGCAGGUUGGAUCUGACGGCCGAGUCCGGUUCUACGGCCCAACGUCUCAUUUCAACUUGAUGGAAAUGCCGGCUCCUGAUAACCUGACCAUCCACCGGACUGUUCGAAAAGAUGGAUUAAACCUGCUUGGCCGCCUUGGAAUUGAUAAGGAGGUACCGCAGGAGCUGGAAGAUCAUCUAAUCAAUCUCUAUUUCACAUGGCACAACCCUUCAUUCUACGUUGUCGACCGGGGUAUGUACAUCGAGGCCAGAAAGAAAUGGCGUGUUGACAUGGAGGACACUCCCUAUUACUCCGAAGCGCUGACAAAUGCCAUGUGCUGCUUGGGAGCCGCCUUCGUGCCUCGCUACCAUCCCGAAUUUGUCACUUACCCAAAAUCCGUCUCCGAUUUCUUCGCUGAUAGAGCCAAAGCGUUGCUCGAUAUUGAACUUGACCUACCUUGUGUGGCAACGAUUCAAGCAAUGGUCGUUCUCAGUGCGCACGACAUUGGCUGUAAACGAGAUGCCCGAGGAUGGCUCUAUAGCGGAAUGGCUGUGCGACUUUCUUUUGACCUAGGAUUGCAUAUUGACAUGUCGCCGCAUGUCGCUGAAGAAUCUAUUAGCCCAGCCGAGGCUGAGCUUCGAAGGAUAGUCUUUUGGGGGACAUAUACAACAGAUCACCUUUGGGGUUUCUUCCUCGGUCGACCUUUUAGAAUCAACAUGGAAGACGUGACGGUCGAGAAGCCCGGGCACCAUCUCAUCAGCGAGAGCAUCAGGAAAUGGAGCCCUUACGGGCUACCGGAGUCUGGAACAAAAGAUGUUUCAAUUACUGAUGUUUUACAACUACUGAGUGAACACCGAGUGAAAUUAUGUGAGAUAAUGGCUCCUUUAGGCCAUGCACUAUACGGAUGGUCCCAAAUCCCAGGACACACUCUUCAAUCACUAAGUGAAAGAUCUACAUCCAAACUCUUGCAAUGGAAACAAGAUCUCCCUCUAAGCCUCCGGGUCGACUUGGAUGAUACAAGUACAAUGUUUCUUCCCCAUGUCCUAUUGCUCCAUAUGCAGUACUAUCAAGCUAUCAUUCACGUUCAUCGACCGUGGAUGUCAAAGCACCAUGUUCAACCACCGCAGGGUAAAAACUCCAUACACGCUCGACGAACGUGUAUCAAUGCCGGGAUGGCCAUUGCGAAUCUCCUCAAGGUUUACGAGAAACAAUACACAUUCCGAAGAAUGGGCAUUCAGGCAGUUUCGAUAACUUGUUCUGCGGCCUUAAUGCUUAUAUUCGCAUCUGUCACCAGGACUAUCAGCAGUCAAAAUCGAGUCCAGGAAGAGAAAGAAAAUGAGGAAGAUCACGAAGACUAUAAUACCAUUCUCAGCGUGUGCUUCCGGGCGUUGGAGGAAUUCAGCUUAUCGUGGGAAAGUGCAAAGCGAGCUCAAACAUUUCUGACUAAUUUGCAACGUCUAUGGGAAGCGAGAGCUAAUGCCUAUAAUUCGUCGAAACGUGUUAUAGCGCAGUCACGAAGCAGGCCCCAAUCGCAAGCACCAGGGCCAAAGCGGUCUCGCAUGUCUGCUAACAUGUUGCAUCCUUGA